AGAGAGAGAGAGAGAGAGAGAGAGAGAGGCAGAGGCGGGCCGUGCACGCGCCACAUCUCUUUCACUAAUGGAAGUUAUUGUUGUUGCGACUUGUUCCUAACUAUGAGGUGCACGAGAAGCGGCUUUCUCUACCGGGCUUCCCCAAACACCACGGGCCGCUGUGUGUUUUAAUUUAUUUCUAGAGAUUUUUGUCUUUGUGCGCGCGUGCUUGUGUGUGUGUGUGUGUGUGUGUGUGUGUGUGUGUGUGUGUGUAGGAUUUUUUUUUUUUUUUUUUUAACACCAAGAAAUACCAAAUCGCACUAGGAAGUAAGCUGAAAAGGGGAGAAGAGAAGCAGAACUAAAGCACCGGGGGAUUUAAAUCGCCUGUUUCUUUCUUUCGUUCGUUCUUUCUGUCUGUUGUUGUUGCUGUUGCGAAGGAGGAAAAGGAAGGGAAAAAAAAGAGGAGGCACGCGGAAAAAACAAGGAGAAAUUCAUGUAGCUCUUUUAUCCUUAGCGACAUUUCUUCUUUUUUUUUUUUCUUUUUGUAUUGGAUCGCAGGAUGAGCAAAGACAGACCGAAGAGGAACAUCAUCCACAAGAGAAGAGAUGACGACAGCGAUGGGAUCCCCUGGUCGGAAGAGCGAGUGGUUCGGAAGGUCCUCUAUCUCUCGCUGAAGGAGUUUAAGAGCGCACAGAAACGCCAGCUCUGUGACGGCCUCCGCGAUGGAGCCAAAAGCCCAAACGGUUCUCUGUCUAGUGUCCAGCGCAAUGGUUCUGGCUCUAAAGGAGGACACAAAGAGGACGACUCUCGCUCCCAGAGCACGGACGGAGGAAGCGAAUGCUGGGAGGACGGACCGGCCAAAAAGAGACCCAGACUUCAGGCCCAGAGGAAGUUUGCUCAGUCUCAGCCCAACUCCCCCAGCAGCACUCCGGUGAAGACGGCCGACCCGUCGCUGCCCACACCAGCCUCGCAGGUCACCGAUCUCUCCAGACGCAAGCCCAAGACCGAAGACUUCCUCACUUUUCUCUGCCUCAGAGGAUCCCCGGCUUUACCCAGCAACAUGGCCUACUUUGGCGGCUCUCAGGAUGAGGACGAGCUGGAGGACGAUGAGGAAUGCGAGGAGGAGAAGCCACCAAGCGUGGCGUCCACAUCGUGCCAGUCCACACCACGGAAAGGCAAACCGCCCGGCAAACUCAGCGAACAGGUGUUUAAUGGCAACACUAAGCUGAUGAAGGAGAGGGAGAGCUCGCUGAGGCCGAAGGUCAGAGAGUCAUCAGUGGGGAAGGAGCGCACAGAGAAGGUGGAGGACUGGAGAGACGUCCCACAAUCCACCACAACCAGAACUCCCACUUUCAAUGGAAUUGGCAUUAAAGGAACGACAGAGGAACUACGCAAGCAGGUCUCUAAAGUGAACGGCUUUUCGCAGCCAUCUCCUGCAACCUUGGCCACUGCCAAAAAAUCGAAAGACUGCCGCCUACUCUCCAGACCUGGGAGGUACACGGCCACCGUGACCAAAGGCCACGUCACCUACACCAAAGCAAAAGAAGAACUGGUAAAGAAAGCCAAACUGAACCACAGCAAACAUGCUGCUUCUGCUGUUGGUAAUCAGCAUCCAGCCAGCAACGGGCAUGGUGCCCAGCCCCCUCACUCAGGGAAAGCCCCAAGUGGCAAUGCAAAAACCCGCAAACAGGUGCUGUUAUCAAACGGGCUGCACAGCGCAGCCAAUGGGGGUGCCGUUGUUCGCGUCAACGGAAGGAUCAAUGGUCUCCAUAGUUCCAAGGAGUUGGAGGACGAGGGCCGGCAGGGGCGACAUGGUCUGCGCAAUUCCAAACGCAGGAUGGAUACAGGUCUAGAGUUUAUAGAGCCUAAGUCCAAGGUCUUGUUCUCAGAGGCUAAAAAGCCUAAACUGGCGUCAUUUCCUGUAGUGGAGACGCGCAGCAAGAAGGUGCUAAACCAGGACAAGGCCUCAACUGCCCUUGCUAAUGGGCACAGCAUCACAGAAACCGCUGCCUCACCCACACCAAAAACAGGUCCCACCCCUGCUCCAGCCUCACCAGCUGCACCAGGCUCCGCCCACCAGAGCCCAGCCAACCCGGAGCCGGCAAGGCAACGGCCUAAGCGUGCCUCAGCCGGGAGACUAAUGUUCAUCCACAGAGCACAGCAGAGGGUCAAGAGCUGGCACGCUAACUCUAAUGCUAACACUACCUCAACCAGCAGGCUCUUAAGAGGGUCAGAGCCUCAGACCACACCUCAACGGGUGGAGCGGGAGCGCGAGAGGGAGAAGGAAAGAGAAAAGGAGCGGGAGAGAAGCCGGGCAGGCCUGGCAGCACUGCCCGAGGUUCCUGUAUUGAGGCCCAACACAAGGGAGUUUCAGGAUCCACUCGUGUACCUGGACACGGUGCGAGAAUGCGCAGAAGCGAGUGGGCUGUGCAGAGUGGUCCCACCUCCUGACUGGCGUCCAGAGUGCAAGCUAAACGAUGAGAUGCGAUUCGUCACGCAGGGGCAACAGGUGCACAAGCUUGGUCGUCGCUGGGGCCCCAACGUCCAGAAACUUGCUUGCAUCAAGAAGCACCUCAAAUCUCAGGGCAUCAGCAUGGACGAGCCACCAGUCAUCGGAGGCUGUGAGGUGGACCUGGCACGCUUCUCUGAGCUGGUCAGUGACAUGGGUGGCAUGCAGCGGGUGAUGGAUCUGAAGAAGUGGAGCCGUUUGGCGGAUCUGCUCCGAAUCCCGAGGUCUGCUCAGGAACGGCUGGCUAAGCUCCAGGAAGCCUACCUGCAGUUCCUGCUCUCCUACGACCAGCUUUCUCUGCACGAGCAACGCCGCCUCGAGCACGACGUGCUGGCCGAGAAGGAGAUGCUGGAGCGCCGCCGGGGGCCCCUGGAGGGUCACUCGGAGAGCGGGAAUGGCCAAGCCCUGGCACUGCCACGCUACGAGCCCAAAAAUGGGCUCCACGGACCAAGCAAGGAGCCGGAGACACCACGGAACCCUGGACGCCGCAGACUCUUCUCUCAUGAGAAGAAAAAAGAGUGUCAUGUGGGAGAGGAAGGAAAUGAAGGGGUUCUCAGCGACCAGCACAAGUGUAUAUAUAAGGGGAGAUCGGUGUCUUUGACCACUUUCUACAGAAUAGCCAGGAAUACGAUGAUCAUGUGCUUUAAUAAGGAACCCAGAGCAUCAGAAGUCGAGCAAGAGUACUGGCGAAUAGUGGAGCAGAGGGACUGCCACGUAUCAGUGCAUUAUGGGAGAGUGGACACGAGCACACAUGGUAGCGGCUUUCCUGUGGGCAAGUCCGAGCCUUUCUCAAAACACGGAUGGAACCUCACUGUCCUCCCUCACAACUCCGGCUCCAUCCUGCGUCACCUCGGUGCCGUGCCCGGCGUGACUGUUCCCUGGCUAAACAUUGGCAUGGUCUUUUCUACCUCAUGCUGGUCACGAGACCAAAACCGCCUUCCAUACAUCGAUUAUUUACACACUGGUGCUGACUGUAUUUGGUAUUCAAUUCCUGCUGAGGAGAAGGCUAAGCUUGAUAAAGUAGUGCACACGCUGCUGCAGGCCAACGGCACACCGGGACUCGAGAUGCUGGAGAAGAACGUAAUGAUCUCCCCUGAGGUUCUGAGUCGUGAGGGGAUUAAAGUUCACCGCACGGUGCAGCAGAGCGGACAGUUUGUGGUGGUUUUUCCCGGCACGUUUGUUUCCAGGGUGUGUUGUGGUUACAGCGUGUCAGAGACGGUGCACUUCGCCACGCCGCAUUGGAUGAACCAGGGCUACGAGGCUGCCAAGGAUCAGGAUCUGAAAUGCAGACGCAUCGCUAAACCCUUCUCCAUGGAGAAGCUGCUGUACCAGAUCGCCACGGCCGAGGCCAAGCGAGAGAACGCACUUCUGCUCAGUACAAUCUCCUCUCUUCUCAAAGAUCUCAGGAACAUAGAGAUAAGGCAGAGGAAGGAGCUCUACGAGGCCGGUCUGCUCUCCUCUGCUCGUUACGGCGCUCACGAUAACGGCUACGCAGACAACAGGAAGAAACCACGCAAGUGGCCGGUGCUCGAGACGUCCGAGAGACGGUGCCAAAUGUGCCAGCACCUCUGUUACCUGUCUAUGGUGGUGCAGGAGAGCGAGAACGUGGUGUUUUGUCUGGAGUGUGCGCUGCGCCAUGUGGAGAAACAUAAAUCCUGCCGUGGACUGAAGCUCAUGUACCGCUACGACGAGGAGCAGAUCAACAGUUUGGUGAGCCUGGUGUGCUGUAAAGCCACGAGCAGCUCAGCAGAAAGCUGUAACGGUUCCAGUCCCAGCAAAACCCCGAGCAAACGCCGCCCGAGGAAGAGCGCCUCCUUAGAGCGGACUCUCACCCGCCUGGGAAAAAACACCACCGUCGCCAUCUCAUGAGAGAGAGAGAGAGGGGGGGGGGGAGAAGUAGAAAGAGAGGGAAACCUCCUACUCUAAGCUCUCCUGAGUUCUGCCUUUAACCAAUCACACACACACCCCCCCCCCCUCUCUCUCUCUCUGACACGGAUCUUCUGCCUCCUACAUUACGGCGAAACUUGCCAUGUGCGAGCGAGCUGCCUUUUUUGCACUAGAGCGAAAGAAGGUUGUUUUUUUUUUUUUUCUUUCUUUCUUUUGAGUUAGCAUUAAGCGGCGUGCUCCCUGGUCUGAUCGAGCGAGCGAACGAGACAGACGGACAGACAGACACACACACGUCAUCCUCUUGACCCCUCCCCCUCCUCUCCUCAGCCCUGUCGACUGCAUACACACUCAGCCUGAACUGUGAAUCGAGACACGUCGGUGCUCUUCUUCUUCUUCUUCUUUAUUGCUUUGAAUUUUUUUGUGUCAAGAUUCCAGAGACUCGUCCGGCCGUACGCUCGGCCCGGACCGCUCCUUUUUUUAAAUUUCUACCCCAUUUUUUUUUUAAACGAACAAGUUU